AAGGACGACAAGCCAAAGGCGGACGACAAGCCAAAGGCGGAGGUUGAGAAGAAGGAAGACAAGAAGGAGGACAAGCCCAAGGAGGGGGAGAAGAAAGAUGACAAACCAAAGGCGGAGGACAAACCCAAAGUGGAAGGGGAAAAGAAGGAUGACAAACCAAAGGCGGAGGACAAACCCAAAGUGGAGGGCGAGAAGAAGGAGCAAAAGAAGGAGGACAAACCAAAGGCGGAGGACAAACCCAAGGUGGAGGGCGAGAAAAAGGAGGAGAAGAAGGAGGACAAGCCAAAGGCAGAGGACAAGCCCAAGGUGGAGGGUGAGAAAAAGGAAGAGAAGAAAGAGGACAAGCCCAAGGCGGAGGGCGAGAAAAAGGAGGACAAGCCAAAGGCUGAGGACAAACCCAAGGUGGAGGGCGAGAAAAAGGAGGAGAAAAAAGAAGACAAGCCAAAGGCAGAGGGCGAGAAGAAGGAGGAAAAGAAGGAAGACAAGCCAAAGGCGGAGGGUGAGAAGAAGGAAGAAAAGAAAGACGACAAGCCAAAGGCUGAGGACAAGCCCAAAGUGGAGGGGGAGAAGAAGGAAGACAAGAAGGAGGACAAGCCAAAGGCGGAGGACAAGCCAAAGGCGGAGGGCGAAAAGAAGGAAAACAAGAAGGACGACAAGCCAAAGGCG